AUGGCCGGUGGUUCAGAUGUGGCUGAACCAGCUAGCUUGUCCUGUGCUAGCUGCGGCAAACCUGCCCAGCUUCAGUGUCCCAAAUGUGUGCAAUUGAAGCUUCCUCGUGAAACGGCCGCUUUCUGCACUCAGGAUUGUUUUAAGGCUUCUUGGAGCUCUCAUAAGUCAGUGCAUCUAAAGGCCAAGCCGUUGGAACCUGGGACAGGUACUCCGGAUAAUGAAGGUUGGCUAUAUUGCUUGAAGAAAGGACAGGCUCGAACACCAAAGCUUCCCUAUUUUGAUUGGACUGGGACACUGAGGCCAUAUCCUAUAUCUAGUAAGCGUUUAGUACCUGCUCAUAUUGAUCUACCUGAUUGGGCAGCUGAUGGAACUCCAAAAGUUGAGCCCAAUAGUGAUCUGCAGCAUAUUGUCGAGAUCAAGAAACCGGAACAAAUUGAGAGAAUGCGAGAAACUUGUCUAAUUGCAAGGAAGGUCUUGGAUAAAGCUGCUAGCGUAAUCCGACCUGGUAUCACAACUGAUGAAAUUGAUCGGGUGGUCCAUGAGGCUACUAUUGCUGAGGGUGGAUAUCCAUCUCCUCUCAAUUAUCAUUUCUUCCCCAAGUCUUGCUGCACGUCAGUCAAUGAAGUAAUUUGCCAUGGAAUUCCUGAUGCCAGGAAAUUAGAGGAUGGUGAUAUCGUCAAUGUUGAUGUGACCGUGUAUUAUAAAGGCGUCCAUGGUGAUCUAAAUGAAACAUACUUUGUGGGAAAUGUUGAUGAAGAGUCUCAACGGCUAGUCCAAUCUACUUAUGAGUGCUUGGAGAAAGCAAUAUCUAUUGUAAAACCUGGCAUGCGAUUUCGUGAAGUCGGUGAAGUCAUUAAUCGCCAUGCGACAAUGUCGGGAUUCUCUGUGGUGAAAUCAUAUUGCGGUCAUGGUAUUGGGGAGCUUUUUCAUUGUGCACCAAAUAUUCCCCAUUAUGCAAGAAAUAAAGCCGUUGGUGUGAUGAAAGCUGGACAGACUUUUACAAUUGAACCUAUGAUCAAUGCUGGGGUUUGGCGUGAUCGGAUGUGGCCCGAUGGAUGGACUGCUGUUACAGCAGAUGGCAAGCGCAGUGCUCAGUUUGAGCACACACUUCUGGUGACAGAGACAGGAGUUGAAGUUCUUACAGCUCGGUUGCCUUCUUCACCCAAAGUGUUCCCUUGGUUAAAUGCUUAA